CAGGCAGGACUAUAAAGAGUCUACUUCAGAGUUCAGCCGGCACACCUCUACUGAGCAGCUCGACUUAACACAACUUCCUGGCUACCUGCAUAUACAAGGAAUCAUGGUGAAGCGUGUUGCAGUUAUUCUCUCAGGCUGUGGCGUCUAUGAUGGCACAGAGAUCCACGAGGCCUCCGCUGUCCUCGUCCACCUGAGUCGUGCUGGAGCAAAAGUGCAGAUGUUUGCCCCGAAUGCAGAUCAGAUGCACGUUGUAAAUCACUGUGAGGGGAAGCCUACAGAGGAGAAAAGAAACAUCCUGCAGGAAAGUGCCCGUAUCGCCAGGGGUGACGUGACUGAUCUGGCCAAGUUAGAUGUUACAGCAUUUGAUGCGGCCAUCAUCCCAGGUGGCUUCGGUGUGGCUAAGAACCUGAGUGACUGGGCAGUGAAGAAUAAGGACUGCACCAUCCAGCCACAGCUGGAGAAGAUCAUCAAGGCCUUCCACAAAGCGGGAAAGCCGCUGGGCAUGUGCUGCAUCUCCCCCAUCCUCGCUGCCAAAAUCCUGCCUGGCUGCGAGAUCACUGUGGGACAGGACAAAGAGUGUGAAAAGUGGCCGUAUGCUAAGACAGCAGGUGCUCUAAAGGAGAUGGGCUGCAAACAUGUGAACAAGGAUGUGGGAGAAGCUCAUGUUGAUGUCAAAAACAAGCUGGUCACCACCUGUGCCUUCAUGUGCAAUGCUCCAGUUCAUCAGGUUUUUGAUGGAGUAGGUGUCUUGGUUAAAGAGACACUGGAACUGGCUUAAGAAGUCUUAAUUUCAUACUGUGUGCUUCUGUUAAUGAAUUCAUUUGCCACAUUCAAUCCCUGCUGACAUUGGUUGAUUGCUUAUGUUUGUAUUUAAUUACUUCAAAGCCAAUUUUCUGUUUUUACUUUACAAGUACUGGUUAUCAAGCUGUGGUAUCUCUUAAAUUCAUCUCACCUUCACUGACCAGUCCACUGAUGUUAUAUUGUCAAUGUCAUAAUCAGUGUUUAAUAAAAGUUGAGUC